UUGAGAAGACCAGGAGAAAGAAGUUGAGGGGCAUAGUACUCAAACAUUAGGUCAUACUACGCUCCUCAAGAUGUCUUCACGGUAUUUAGUUAAGAAAAGAUAUAAGAACCUUUCCAGAUAUCGCCUCUACAAGUCAGAAAUCAGCGGCCAUGAUACAAAUACGAUGUUCAUGAUUCCUGAAGAUGGGUUGGAACACAUGCCACAUAAUGAGGUGAUAAGGGCACUGAAAAUUCUUGAGGCCGCCCUCCAGCAGUUUGAAAUCCCAAGAUUUAGUAUCAUGACCCAGCUUAAGGUCUUGCUGAUUAAUUUACACAGGAGCCAAGAUGAUUAUCUUGGUGACAAUUCCCUUAUGGCAGAGGCCACUUCCCUCAUCAAUAAGCAUGAUGGGGUUAAGACUUUGGUGUCAUUACUGAUGCUACCAGAUCUUGGGGGCCGGUGGAGUGAACCGGAUGUUUGUGACCAUUCCAUAACUGUUGGCACCCUGCAGGCCACAACGCUCAACGUACUCAAAAAGCUCACCACAAUGGACACAACCAUCGGGUGCCAGCUGAGUGACAGUGAUGAAGUCCUACAGAUUCUUUUCUCAUUAAUGUUGGACUCUGAGACAUACACCAAGGCCAUCACACUAAUUGAACAUCUUCUAAUAUUGAGAAGAAGCACACUACAGCUUAACACAAUACCUGGGCUUGACCGCCUCAUUAGUCAGCUGGAUGGGGAAUACCUAGCCAACUUCUGCAGCAUCCUGGCAGUGACCAUCUCUGACCUAGAUGUCUAUGAAAACAAAACUCUGUUAUAUGAACAGAGUAUGCUUCGCAGCAACAUUAAGAGCCUCUCACCAUUACGGGACAUCAACCAGGAGUACAUUCUCAGCAUCCCCGAGUUCCUCCCUCGACUAGUUAAUUUUGCAACCAAACUUCCAUAUGAGCCACGUUACUCAGGCCGUACCAUGGAAGUUGAUCACUGGAUGCGGUUCAUUGACGACUCCAUGUCAGAAGUGCUCCGCCAGCAUGAAUCUCUCAUGCCGUCUCCUACUCUUAAUUCUGCUGUCUCUGUAACAGAUUUGUUGGAUAGAAUACAACCUCAAGCAAUUCCAAGCCAGAUAGAAGCCUUAACGAGUCCUAUGCUGCAGCGAGUCGAGAGUGUCUAUGUCUUAGGGCUUUUGUUACUUGGUAAACAGAGGAAAGAAGUUCAGACACAACUAGCGAAACUGCGACUUAUUCCCCGCCUUUCCCAGCUAUUUGACCUUUUUAUAUGGAAGUGUGAAACUUACCAGGAGCGAAUAAGAGUGCCGGGUCAUCUAAGUUCAUGUGAAUGUAGUCCAGAGGUAGCACUUAAGAUCCAGUUCCUGAGACUAGUUCAUAGUUUCUGCGACCAGUCAGAGUACAGAUACCUUAUGUUAACACCUACGGAAUACCGCGAGGUGUGUAGCAUCAGCGCCGCCAAAGUGCUCUUGGAGGACACCCCAAGCCCCACCACAACCACCUCUAUGGAUCUGACUAUGACCCAAGGUUCUGACAGUAAUGGAUGCGCAUCACAAGAGAGCAGUUCACCUACUAGUGUUCUCCAAGAGGAAAGUAUAGUCAGCAGAGAAUCUUCAAACAUCUUGAAAGUAGAACCUUUAGGUGGAUCGGGGUUGUCAACUCAGGUGCCAGUGGAGUAUCCCACCGAACAGAUGUGUUCUGGUCCUCAAGGACUCCUAUCAAAGAUUGUCGAGGCCCUGAAGAAGGAAACAACCGGGUCCACAUUUAGGUUCUGGUUUUCAAGAGCUAUUGAGAGUUAUCUUCGAAGUGCUAAUCCUUAUGCUGACCAGGUGUUCCUACUUCGGAGAGGACUCUUGAAGCAUUUAGCAGGCUCAUUACUACAGUGUGAUCCUGGACCUAGUCAGAAAGAGGUAUUACAGUCUACCUUUGACCUUCUUGGGGAACUGCUCAAGUUUAAUGUAGAAGCUUAUCGCAGAUUAGACUACAUAAUCUCUACAGAGCCGAAAGAAAAGAAAUUGUUCCGUCUUGUAACGAAAAAUUUAGUCGAUUCUAACAUGUUGGUUCGAUCAUUAGUUUUGUCAAAUGAUCUUUUCACAAGGGAAGGUAAAGCCAUUGAAUUUGCUUUUCACUCAAGAACACUAAGACAUGUGGCAACGUUCAAGCAAAGACUAGAUUUCUUGGUGCAGCUCAUCAAGACCAUAAGUGUAGACACCUUAACCCAGGAAAAUGUAAGUUGUCUUAAUACUUCGUUGGUAAUACUGAUGUUGGCACAUCGGCAUUCUGAAUUGCCGUUGUAUUUGGAGGGCCUCCGUAGUCAUGUCGAACCACAUCUCCUGACAAAUCUCCGCUCCCUCCUUCGCUUUUGGCAGACACACUACCUCCAUAACAAGGAUAAGGAUUGUAAUACAUUACAAAGGAGUUCUGGCAUCUCUUUCGACUUCUGGCGGGAAACUGUGGCAACGCUGGUGGCUGAGAACAAACUCUCCCCAGACUGCAUCUUCCAUUACUUCUCCCCUGAGGACCUGAGCCUCUCCCGCACCAGCUAGUUGACGACACAGUUAGCCGCUGUAGAGGAGACAAUGCAGAUGUGGAUGAUAAGUUACACUAUAUAAAAAGUAUUAUUUUUUCAUCUUAACUGUGUACGUACAUGCAAAUGGCAUCAAACAGAAGGACAACAGCUUACGCGAUAUGCGGAUUUUUGCAGUUUUAGUACAAAAUUGUAGCUUUAUGUCCUAUUUGCCUCGAAAUAAUGGUGACAUGUUUCCCAAUAUACCGGAACAUUAUAUGCAGUAUACUGGGAGCUACAUUAUUUUACCAUUGGUAGUAGCAAUGCAGUAUUUUCACCAUCUUUAGAGGUAAAGAUAAAGCCACAUAGCACACAGGGAGUAAUAUGUAUGUAUCCAUGAUAUCUAGUCGUGAUAUUCAAGGAAGGACUAGGUUACAGUUUAGAGACUUGAAUUUUGAUUGUGGAAUAUAUUUGCUACAAGACAGAACUUUUAUCAACUUUUCCACUCUCAGUCGUCAUGAAUGUGAAUGUGUACAGUGAAUGCCAUCCCAACUUCUGAGAAAAUGUGAUCCUCUUCAGAUAAAAGCUGGUAUGAGAGUAAAUAGUCUGUCUGAAAUGUAAUAUAUUAAUAUAUUUAUAUGGAAAUGAAGUGUAUCGUUGCAGUCUUGUGCAACAGACCGUAAGAAGUGAUUUCUUCUUCCCACAAAACACUUUAGUAGUGCUGUGGUUCAGUUGUCCAAGUACAACUAAAUUUUGACCAAUGGGAAGAUAGAUGGGGAUGUAAACACUAUCCUUAUCAACUUCUUAACUCUUAGAUACAAGACAAGCAAUUUGUUCUUUCUCCAGUACAGUACUCCUAAUGAUAGCAACUCAGAAGCUAAUGACCAUAAUCCUUUUGAGUCGUUACCUGCUUGUCCUGAAACAAGGAAUAUACAUAAACUAUAAUUGCUUGAUUGUACUCCUUUAAUUCUGCAGUGAGGAAGGACUUGUAGUCUUCCCCAAAAAUGUUUUAAAUAUUUUUGUCACUUUUAUCACAUCUUUUCUCUUGUCUUGAAUAUUGAACCGAGAUCUUAUCCUAGCCAGGACACAAGUGUUUGUUUAAGCUGGGUCAGUAAUUCAAGAAGCAGGUAAAAUUGUGGCACACAGGCAUAAAGGGCUGUUAUCAACUUGAUUUGUCUUAAUUAGCAAAAAUUAUGUUAUUCUUUGUCUACCACUUGUAGUGAUGCAGCUGACUCUGUGUAUUUUCUUGAUUUGUAACUCAAAAGAAUUGAAUGGCACAAUUUGAAUACAUAUACAGCACAUGCACAUACAAUACACCAAACACUUCUUCAUUUUCCUAACUCUACAUAGAGAAAUAUAGUGGUAACUGUAUUUUUCAUUGGGUAAAGACAUUUUGGACUCUCAGUAUACUUAACAGUAACUUUUAUUAUUAUAGGCUGUUGUAAUUUGUACACGAGACACCUAAUGCUGAAGGAGAGUUUUACAAGUCCAAAGUAUAUUACAGUAGAAUGCUGUAUUUAUCUACUUUAAAAUUAUUCCUAAUUCAGGUAACCCUUGUUAUCUCAAUGUUCGCUGUCUGAAAAUUUUAUUCUUGCACCUCUUUUUCACUCUGAAAGCGAUCCUCGCUUAUCCGAAAGAUGGUCCGAUCGAAAAUUCAAAUAACUCCUGUGGUGAACCAUGACCGCCCUCCAAUAAGGUAAUGUACCACCUUUCCAGUACAUAUAUUUAGUUAAACAAUUACUGUUCAGUGUUUAGGUACAUAAAUUACAGUAGUUUAGCAGGUUUUUUGUUGUUUGUGAACCAAUUUCACCAUUUUAGCUCUGAUGACGGUUUUUCUUGUACAGUAGUUAUGCUAUUUAUUUUUUACUUUAUUUUUUUAGGUUUAAUAUUGGGGGUUUAUUGUUGGUGAACUGAACCCUAAUUUGUUAAUUUGUUGUUAUUUACUAUCGGGAAAUUUUAUAUCCAAAUUGUUUUCAAGAAGCCUAACCCAUUCAGGUAACGAGGAUACAUUUAUAGUUUAGUACUUGAUAGAGCGUGACUGACUUGGCUCCAGGGAAAAAAUGGCUUGUCGAGGAUUUCAUAAUGUCGUGUGUCGGGUAUUAAAAAACAUUAUUUAAUAUGCCUUUAUGGAGCUGUAGUAAAAGUAAAGGAAAACAAAGCUAACGGUAAACUGAAAACAUUCCAAUUUUGGAACUGGAUUAUAUAACUUAAAAGAGAAUAUUCUCUCCUAUUUUCCAUGUUGUUGUUCUAAAAUUAAUUAUAAUCAGUCCUCGACCUACGACAGGGUUAGGGACCGACGACCAGGUCGUAAGUCGAAAAUGCGAAAAUAAUACAUAGAAAAUCUAAAAUGGGUGUCUCUUUUUCUUCUAAGCACCACGAGAACUAGAAAAUACUUAAUUUGAAAAAUAUUUUAAAUGACUGCGGCGGUCGUAUGUCCAGGUGGUCAGAAGUCGAGGAGUACCUGUAUUUAUAUAUUUUAAUUCAUUUAAAUAAUACCUUGAACAUAAUUUUGAUAAAGGGAAUCAGUAUAUCAGAGUCGAGGCACAAUUAGGAUACAUUAACCCUUAAACAGCAGGUAUGGUCUGUGGAAGUUGGCUGUAGGGACGGUGGUCAUCAUUAGUGGAAGUUGGCUGUAGGGACGGUGGUCAUCAUUAGUGGAAGUUGGCUGU